AUGGCAUUACUCCACCGCAUGUCAGGAGAGUGCAUCAAGUCCGAGUUGGACUUGUUCAGCCUUCCUCUGACGCAGACGGUUAUUGAGAAAAGCAGUUAUUUAGAAGUGCCUCCUUUAUCGGCUAUAUCGGACUCUUCGCCUUUGGAGUUUUUUAUAGCAGGGAAUGGCGACGAUUAUGUUGACCUAAAUAACACACUGCUGUAUCUGCGUCUUAAAAUCACGCGACCUAAUGGGGCUGAUUUACCAAACGACGCUAAGGUCGGUCUGAUAAAUUACCCCGGGGCUACUAUAUUUUCACAAGUCGAUGUGAGCCUGGGCGACCGUUUGAUAUCUCAGAGUUCGAGUACGUAUCCUUACCGAUGUAUCAUCGAGAGUCUGAUCAACUACAGUAAAGAUGCGUUGGAAUCGCUUUUCUCAGCCGCCUUGUUUUACAAAGACACUGCCGGCCAUAUGGAUGCGACUGACCCCGCUGGUCAUAACCAGGGGCUGACAAAGAGGUCUGCAUACACUGCGAACAGCAGAGUGGUGGAACUGUUGGCUCCUAUUCACAGUGAUAUUUUCUUUCAAGAAAAAUUGAUGCUGAAUGGAAUCGACAUUAAACUGAGGAUGAUCAGAGCCAAAGAUGAAUUCUGCCUGAUGAGGGACGGGGAUGUGGCGUACAAAUUAAAUAUUAUGUCAGCGAGUCCUAUUUGUCAAGAAAGUCUCUGUAUCACCGCCUGUGAGACUGGGCCACGCACAGGCCUUGCUAUCGACUACCGCAAAGUACCCAAUAGAUCGGGAACGCUACCAAAAUCUAUCGUCCUCGCUAUGGUUGAUAACGAUGCGUUCACAGGAACCUAUAAUAAAAACCCUUUUGCGUUCAAACAUUACGAUUUGGAGUUCCUAGCAGUCUAUGUUGACGGACAACAAUUCCCCGCCAAACCGCUACAGCCGAAUUUUGAAUCUAGGGCGGCGGUACGAGAAUUUUAUCAGCUGGCUAUGGCCUCUGGAAGACAUCUUAAAAACCAAGCGCUGUCUAUCGACAGGGAUGACUUUCUGAAUGGAUACACCCUUUAUGCCUUCAACCUCACACCUGACGAAGAGUGCGGUCAGCACAUAUCGCUCAUCAAGUCUGGCAACAUUAGACUCGAGGCACGCUUCCGACAACCGUUACCACAGACUAUUAAUUUAUUAGUCUACGCCGUCUUUGAUAGUAUCAUUGAAGUGUCUAACCGCAGACAGGUCCUGGUUGACUACUAUUGA